AUGGCAUUGCGGUUCGAGGCCCUGUACCCAGAGGGGAUGUGUCCCGGCUGGAGCGUCGUGGUCAAGGGCGAGACCAGUUCCAGUACGAGCAUGUUUGAAAUCAAUUUGCUCUGCGAUCCCGGAGACCAAAUCGCUCUCCACUUUAACCCUCGCUUCUCCAGCUCCAGAAUCGUCUGCAACUCUUUCCUCGCCAACCACUGGGGGAAGGAAGAGGUUAAUAACACCUUCCCCUUGGAAGCAAAGGAGCCAUUCCAGGUUGAAAUCUACUCUGACCAGGACUAUUUCCACAUUUUCAUCGAUGAAAACAAAAUCUUGCAGUACAAGCAUCGGCAGAAGCAGCUUUCAUCCAUCACCAAGCUGCAGAUUCUCAAUGACAUUGCCAUUUCUUCAGUGGAAAUCAUCAAACGAGGCCUUUACUAGAGACUGGAGCUGGGACAGUCUCGCAGACCAUUCCCCACUAAGCUCCUGAUCCAGCCAAGG